AAAAGACAACUUUGACAAAUUUUGUACGCUUUGCCAAAUCUAUUGAUUUGAACUCAAAUGGGUAUUCUCGUACAUUCAAUUUCUUCCACAACAACUGUUCAUCCUUUUUUUUUCCUAUAAAUAUAGAGCUAGUCAAGGUGUCUCUCAUCCUACUACAGAAAGAAAAAACCUAUAAAACAGAUCAAGCGAUCUGAUAAAGAAAAUCUUUAGCUUUGUCAUAAGCGAUCGUCAGAGGAAAACAGCCAUGACUACUGCUGGUCAGGUCAUACGUUGCAAAGCUGCCGUGGCAUGGGAGUCAGGGAAGCCACUGUCGAUAGAAGAUGUGGAAGUGGCACCACCACAGAAGGAUGAAGUCCGUAUUAAGAUACUCUUCACUUCUUUAUGUCACACGGAUGUCUACUUCUGGGAUGCUAAGGGACAAGAUCCUCUGUUUCCUCGCAUACUUGGUCAUGAAGCUGGAGGGAUUGUGGAGAGUGUUGGUGAGGGUGUGACUGAUCUCCAACCAGGUGAUCAUGUUCUCCCCAUCUUUACUGGAGAAUGCAAGGAGUGUCGCCACUGCUUGUCAGAAGAAAGUAACAUGUGUGAUCUCCUUAGAAUCAACACCGAUAGGGGUACAAUGAUUCAUGAUGGAAAAUCUAGAUUUUCCAUCAAUGGGAAGCCUAUCUACCACUUUCUUGGCACCUCAACUUUUAGCGAAUACACUGUUGUCCAUGUUGGCCAGGUUGCCAAGAUUAAUCCAUCUGCUCCACUCGAUAAAGUGUGUGUUUUAAGUUGCGGAAUUUCCACAGGUUUUGGCGCCACUGUGAAUGUUGCUAAACCCAAAAAUGGUCAGUCUGUUGCAGUUUUUGGACUGGGUGCUGUUGGCCUAGCUGCUGCAGAAGGAGCAAGAGUUUCUGGUGCUUCUAGGAUCAUUGGUGUUGAUUUGAACCCCAACAGAUUUGAAGAAGCUAAGAAGUUUGGUGUUACAGAGUUUGUGAAUCCAAAAGAUCACAACAAACCUGUUCAAGAGGUAAUUGCUGAGAUGACUGGAGGAGGAGUUGAUCGCAGUGUCGAAUGUACGGGGAGCAUCCAGGCCAUGAUUUCUGCAUUUGAAUGUGUCCACGAUGGUUGGGGUGUCGCUGUGCUUGUCGGUGUGCCAAACAAAGAUGAUGCAUUCAAAACUCAUCCAAUGAAUCUACUGAAUGAGAGGACUCUCAAGGGUACUUUCUUUGGCAACUACAAGCCUCGGUCUCAUAUUCCAGGCGUUGUUGAAAAAUAUAUGAACAAUGAACUUGAACUGGAUAAAUUCAUCACUCACUCUGUCCCUUUCUCUGAGAUCAACAAGGCAUUUGAAUACAUGCUCCGGGGCGAGGGUCUGAGAUGCAUGAUUCGCAUGGAUGCUUAGGGAACGGCUGGAUUGACCUGUGGAUGAAGAGCACUAGCUUCUUUAUUUUGAAAGUUCUGUCUAUUCUGCUGUCUUUCAGUUACCAUGACUUACAUUUUGUGCAGAGCAAAUAAACAAUCUGUGCUACAUGGUUUGCAGUUUAUGAAAGUACAUUUUUCCUGUUUUGUCUUUA